AUGUUUGUUGAGGUCCACAGGGACCCUUCUUCUGAUGCUUCAGGAGACUAUGUUUGGGCCGUCAUCUUGGGAGUCAUUGACCGCAUAGACGGCCAAGGACCCAGCAUCGACUUCGGUCUGGAACGGAUUGUGCGGCACGAAUUUGUCGGCGACACCAAAGAUGGAGGUCUGGCAUGCUGCUUAGACCAAUUUGAUGGUCACCUGGUCCCAUUCCUGCUGCAAGGUCCUGACGGAGUGAAAGUCAACGGACCGGCCGCAGAGCUUUUCAAAAGGCUGCGGCAGGAUGGCCCUGAUGACUCCAAGACCAGCCAAGAGAGGACCACCCAGGAAUCAGAGAGUCGGGAUGAACUGUCCGCGGGAUGUCAUUGUGGGGGAGUGAAUUUCCGGGUCACUCGUCCAAACAUGGCCUCGAAAGAGUGCUCGUCUCCUUGGCCUGACUUGCUUGUUCCGUAUCAUUUGUCAAGCUCGGAGAACCGUGAGGACGUCAAAUGGUGGCUCCGUGAGAACGACACGAAAUAUCUCGCAGGGACGUGUGCAUGUAGGUCUUGCAGACUGGGUUCUGGCUCUCCCAUUCAAGCAUGGGCCUUCAUUCCGAAAGCAAAUAUAUUGCAACCUGAUGGCAAGCCGCUGGACUAUGAGACAGGGACUCUCCGACGGAUUGAAAGUUCUAGUGGACGUUACCGGGAAUUCUGCAGCAUCUGCGGUGCUACCGUGUUCUGGCACUGCCUCGAGAGGCCGGACCUGAUCGAUGUCAGUGUGGGACUUUUACGAGCGCCGGAAGGAGCCAGGGCAUCAAGCUGGUUGGACUGGUGGACCGAGAGAGUGAGUUUCAAGGAGGAGGCGUUCGACAAGAAGCUCAUAAAUCUACUCGAGGAAGGAUUGCGGAAUAUCAAACGCCAGGGUUAG